AUGGCGGCGGCGGCCGACGCCUCAGGAGAGGUGCGCGGGGACGUCGCCCCGAUCCAGAUGCUCUGCAACAACCUGAAGGCACAGGUGCGCUACGGCCUCCGCUGGCACGAGGGCCGCGCGGACGACGACGGCGGCGACGCCCGCGGCGGCGCCGCGCCCCCGGAGCCCCGGACGCCGGCGGAGCGCGCGAAGACGCCCGGCGCCCUGCGGCGCAGCGCCCCCGGCUCGCCUGCGCCCUCUGCGCGCCUCCCGCCGGCCCGGCCCGCCCCCCUGGGCCAGGAGCGAGGGCGCCUUCGCCGACCACGACGCCCUGGUGCCCGAGGGGCGGCACGACCACGGCGAGGGCGCGGGCGGGCGCCUGGCCGCGAGCAGCUCCGCCCCAAUCCUGCGCGUGCGCCCCGCGGAGGAGAUUGCCCGCGUGCACAAGCUGGUCGAGGGCGGGGACAAGUACGUGGACUGCCGGCGGGCCGCGGCGCUCACCGCGGUGCCCGGCAUACAGCAGAGCUGGGGCAACGUGUGGGAGAGCCUGCACAGCAGCCAAGGCUCCGGCAGCCGGAAGAACAUGGUGAAGGAGGUGCAGAGCUACUUCGCGGCGGCGACCUGGAGCCUGUCGCACGACGUCCCGCUGGUGCGGCUCUCGCUGUCCAGCGCUGCGCUGCACGCGAGCGUGCAGUGCCACCACGACGCGCUGAGACCCUAUCGAUUGAGGCAGGUCCCCUGACUCCCGCGGCCCCCCUCCCGAAGGAGAGUGGCGCGGACGGUUGCUCGUGUUUCGAGCUGCCCUCGGCCUUCGGUUCGUGUCCCCGCCUUCCCUCCCCGCCGCCCCCCGCUCCUCCUCACACGGUGCCUCUUUCCCUCCUCUCGUGCUUGUCACGCUGUCAUUUUCUUUAG